GCCAUGCGCGCACCACCUCGCACCAGCGUUCCUGAUCCUUUAACAGGACUGGUCUCAAAAGUUCUUUGGUCAAAAGCUUUUUGCCCAAAAACUCCCCUAUGACUAAAAUGCUGUUCGUUAAGGUCGGUGUAGCCAUACAGCCUGAUUUGCCAGGUUGCCACCAAGCGCCCAACAAACAGCCUCCUCCUCAUGUAUAUGAUUUCGCUCUGCCCUUCCAACCAUGUUUUAUUUCUUUUCACACUCGCGCCGGGUAGGGCUUCGCCAUAGAUAAUAGCCGAAAUAAGCACCUGUCGACAGAAAAACACAGCUCUCUACUAUGGACUGCUCCAUCGCCACCGACAGCUCUUUUGGGCCGCGUGUUGCUCCCUGCCACCGACAGUUCGACUUUACACUCGCUUUUGAGCACUGGGUUCUUACGUUGAUCCCUGAGUUAUGCUUUAUCCUGUGUGGUACGGUUCGCUGGCUCUGGAUGCACAACGCGUUCCCAAAGGUGCACAAGCUACAGUCUCUCAGUCUUCCCAGAGCCAAGCUAGCAGCUGCAAGUCUCCUCCUCGCCCUAAAGACUGCAUCGUUGGUGCUGUGGGCUACUUCCGGACCACUGGAGACACCGGCAUCUGCUGUCGCUUCUGUCGCUGCCUUGAUCGGCGCUGGGGCCUUGCUUGUUUUCUCACAAUACGAACACAAUCGCAUAACCCGACCGUCGACUCUCAUCUGCCUCUAUCUGCUGAUGACCACCUUCUUCGAAACAGCUCAGGUGCGGACGCUUUAG